AUGCGCUAUUGCUGGGACAACAGCAGCUGGGCUCUUGCAAAAUGGGGACUUGAGCUUCAGCGAUCUCAAGGAUUCAAGACCCACGGCCUGAAUUUCUGUGGCACCUACAUAAUUUGCCUCUCAGAUGCUGACUUGGUGCAGGAGGUUUUUGAGGGAGAUCCACACAGGUUUACAAAGAACUUCAACGAUUUGCCUUUGGGUGGCGAUCUCCUCGAGUACAGCUUCAAAGAUGGGCUCUUCACAGUGAACACAGACAAUCCAGCUUGGCAGGUGGCCCAUCGGAUUCUCAUCUCGCCCUUCUCUGUUCGAGGUGUUCGUGGCAUCAUGCCGAUGAUGUGCGACCAAGCCGACCUCUUGAUCAAGGCGAUGAAGCGUGACGUGGGAUACGGCGGGACCACCUACAUCGACACUUGGGUGGUGAAGAUGGCCUUCGAAACCAUUGCAGUGUGCGGAUUGGGCACGUCUUUCGGAUGCUUUGAGAACGCCGAGAUCAAUCCCUUUGUGAAGCACUUGAACGAGGUCGUGGAGUCUCUGGAUGUUCUCGGGCGUUGGCCACCAUUCUUGAGGCGCAUUUUCUGUCGCCAGCGCUUGCAAAGCUACAUUGACAGCUCUGCAAGUGUACGACGGACUUGCAUGGAGAUUCUGCAGCGUCGAAAGAGUGAGGAGCACAAGGAGUCGCACAAGGACCUCUUGGACAGGAUGCUAUCGGAUGCAGAUCCCAAAACUGGGCAAAAGAUGUCCGAGGAGUCGGUGGUGGACAACCUCCUCACGUUCCUGUUUGCUGGUCAAGACUCCACUGCUGCAGCCAUGGCUUCAUGCCUUUGCUAUUUGUGUGCGAAUCCCACGUGCAAGGAGCGACUGCUGCGGGAGAUCGAUGAAGUGGUUGGAAAGGAUUAG